CAUUGACUUCAGGACUGUCAUUUGUAGUGUCAAUUCAUAUUAGAGCUGUCACUUGACUUUUGUUUGUAAUUUUUAGUGGAAUUAAGUAUUAAAUUGGAACAACGUACUGAUACAUUAGACAAAAAGGCGAUAUGAGUAUAGAAAAGAAGUCAUUUGAAUUGCAAGCACAAGUACGGCACAAUGCAAAUGAAUUGAAAGGCACACUUAGUGAUCUCUACAAUUGGGAACAGGAAAUUAAAGACAAAGAGAAGAACCUACAGAGGUUGUUAGAUGAAACCGAAAGGGGAUCAGUAACAAAACCACCGAUGCGCGGUAAUGUGGCACCGGCAAAAACGAAUGCACCAGUUGAGCAGUGCUCAACAAAAGCUGAUGUUAAGAAUACUACUAAACCUACGACUGAAUGUAAUAAAAAUUCACUGCAUGAAAGCAAGGAGAAAAGUGAGCGUGCUAAUGUUGCCAACAAAGCUGUUAAUAAAAAUAAUCAUUUAGUUAAAGAUUCGCCAGAAAAACAAAUCCAACCGCUUGAUGAAAUUAAAUCUGUUAAACGUUCAACAGAAAAAGCCGAAAAUCCACUACACAAAAAUGAAGAAAAACGUCUUCAUGCUAAUGAAAUCAAAGAACGUGGUAACACAUUUGUAAAGGCAGGAAAAUAUAAUGAAGCAAUUGAAGCUUACACUCAAGCUAUAGAGAUAUAUCCUGAAGAUGCAACAUUUUAUAGUAAUCGCGCUUUAUGUUACUUAAAAUUAGAAAGUUACGAACAUACUAUAGAUGACUGCAAUUCAGCAAUAAAAAUCGAUAAAAACUGUUUAAAAGCUUAUUACAGACGUAUGCAAGCACAUGAGUCUCUCGGUAACAAUAUAGAUGCACUUAAGGAUUGUACAACAAUUUUAUCUGUUGAUCCGAAAAAUAGUGAAACUAAAAAGAGUUUACAACGCAUAAAUGAUAAACUUAAAUCAGCCAAAAAAAUAAAAGUCGAUCAACUAUUUUCAAAGUUGCGUUCAAAUGAAAUUGAGAUACAACCAAUUGAUAAACCUCCACAUAAACGUUCUAGUAAACCACUUCAACGUAUCGAUGUGAUUGACACAAUUUUAGACGCAGACCUCAGUAUAUCGGAUGAUGAUAUUGAUAAAAUUUUUAAUGGAAAUUGUGGAACUUUUGAAAAGGUAGAAACGAAACCAGACGAAAAUUACGGUAUAGAUCCUAUAAUAGCACAAAAAACUAAAAUAAUUGAAUUGAAUGAAGAUAAACUCACAAGCAAAAGUACAAAUAAAAAUUCUCGAAGUGAUUCUAAAAUUUUAGUUGAAGAAAUUAGCAAUAAUGGCACAAAUAUAAAGAGUUUGGAAAAUGAUAUACCAAAAGUGAAGCAAAUGCAUAAAUCCUUAUCAGUUCCUACCAUCAGUAGCAAUCGACCUUUGCCAUCACCACCCAAAUCUACAUCGCAAUUUUAUGCAAAUUGGAAAGAAUUGGAUAAUCUACAAAAAUAUACCUAUUUAAAAUCCAUAGACGUUAAUAAAUUGUCAUAUAUGCUUGGCGCUGGUUUUGAAAGUGAUACAUUAACCGAUAUCUUGACAGUUAUAUAUGAAUAUUAUUUGCCCAUAAAGGAUCCCCAAAUCGUUGAAACAAUGUUACAAAUUUGUAAAAACAAGCAAGUCCCGAUAUUAUCAUUAUUUAUGUCUGCUAAUGAUAAAGAAAUGUUAACUGAUAUUCUGAAUAUAAUUAAGGAGGACGAAAAAAAUAUUGCAACCGCAGAAAUCAUUGCUAAAAACUUCAACUUUGCUCUGAAUUAAAUAACAUAUUAACAUUUUUAAGUAAAAUUUAUUUGUAUUUAAAUUUGUUA